ACAGCGAAUCCACCAGUGCGAGCGAGGGUGAAUAGGAAACGUCUGCCCCCUCAGCGCAGGUAUUUGUGUCCGUGAGUGACCAGCCCGCGAAGAAAUUCAAUGCUUACGUUUAGAGAAAUAUAGAAACCCCCCAGCCCGAGGAAAGGCAAAAUGGCUGAUUCCGACUUGUUCAUGGAGUGUGAGGAGGAGGAGUUGGAACCAUGGCAACAGAUACACGAGAAUAUACAGAAUGAAAUGGCUGAGCCUAUGGAGUGCGCUGUAAAGCAAGCAGUGCCUGCAGUGCCUCCAGUGGUGACUCCUGCCUCUGCACCCGCCCCAGUGGUGUCCACCCAUAUGCUGCUCUCAAGCCAUGCCCUGUCUGGCAGCAGCGGCAAGGACACUAUGGUGCCGCUGCUCACCAACACAAUCUGUGCUACUACAGCAUCUCUCCUCACCUCCAUGGCUUCGGUCCCUGCCUCCGGUACUCUGCCUGCUGGCCUCCCCAAACCCUGCCCGGGGCAGCAGCUGAUCCUCACUCAGGGGGCAGGGGGAGAACUCUCUCUCUCCCAGGUGCUGCUCCCUGCCCGCGGCCCCGGCGCUGCCACCGGCCAGCCUUUUUUCUUUACCACACAGGGUCUUCCUGUUCAAAAUUUAACAGCUGGACAAAAUCCUCUUGGGAUCGUCCUGAACGUCCAACAAGGUCAAACCAUUAAGCCCUUCACGCUGGUGUCAGCACCUGGAACUCCAACUCUAUUCAAACCGGCAGUCGGAGGGUCCCGAAUUAUAAAUCAGCCCGCUCAGUUUAAGGCUGUCACGCAGGGUGGACCUGUGAAUUGCCCAGCCCCACCAACCCACACCACCACCUUCACCAGAGUCCAGAUCCCAGCCACCCUCACCAUCCGCAACACCACCCCGAUAAACCAGCCCAGACCCACUAUGGUGACCGUGUCAAGUUCCCUGCCUUCAACCUCCGUCAAGACAACAACCAUCCCGACAAAACAACCAAACACAAGCAGCCUGCUCACAGUAAAGCCAGGAGAGGGCAGCACUGACCUACCGAAACUGGUGAGCCUGGUCAACCAACCUCAGACGCUCAUCGUGCUGCCUAGCCAAAAGGCCAACGGUAUCUCCAGCAGCUCCACCCCCGGCACUACGCUCAAUGUCCAAGUGAUUCCUGACGCAACUUCACCGUCAUCACUUAAAAUAUGCCCACGCUGUGGAGCCCAAUUCAAAAUGAUAGAGGCACUACGUGGACAUAUGUGUUUCUGUUGUCCAGAUCUGACCCAGGCUCCCAGCACCAGCAAAGUUUCCCCUGGUAAGUCUCCUACGAGCCUGAAAAACGCAAUUCCGCCAGCUCAAAGACAGACCGACAAGGGGGCUGACGGGGAAUCUACAGACAAGCUUGUGAUGCUUGUGGAUGACUUCUAUUACGGAACGUAUGAGGGGAACCGCACAAAUGCAGCCCAGGACAACCUGAAGGAACCGCUGACAUUCAAGUGCCUCUCUUGUGGCAAGAAAUUGAGAAGCAACAUAAGGCUCAUGAACCACAUGAAGCACCACGUGGAGCUGGAACAGCAGAAUGGAGAGAUGGACACCCACACGUCUUGCCAACAUUGUUACAGACAGUUCCCUACUCCCUUCCGCCUUCAGUGUCACUUGGAGAGCGUACACAGCACUUACGAGUCCAGCACCAAGUGUAAAAUCUGUGAGUGGGCCUUUGAGACUGAGCCAGUCUUUCUCCAGCAUAUGAAGAAUACACACAAGCCUGGGGAGAUGCCAUAUGUCUGCCAGGUGUGUGAAUACAGGUCGUCAUUCUACUCUGACGUGUACAACCACUUUCGCACGUGGCAUGAAGACACACGCUACCUGCUCUGCCUGUACUGCCUAAAACUCUUCAAGAACUCCAACUCCUAUCAGCAGCACUUCUCCCGACAUCAGAAAUCUACAGUGUACCACUGUAACAAGUGCCGGCUACAGUUCCUCUUCACUAAAGAGAAGCUUGACCAUAAGAUAAGCCAUCACAAGACUUUCCGCAAGCCCAGGCAGUUGGAAGGACUCUCCCCCGGUACUAAAGUGACCAUUAGAGCAUAUUCACAAACUAAAUCGCGGAGCGCUAACUCUGGAACGUCUCAAGGAGCCUCAUUACCCCAUCCACGGCCAUCCACUGCACCUGUCAGCCUCUCUCAGCCCAGAUCAGAGCCCAAACAGAUCGUUCAACAGCAAAGAGCCAACGUGUCGAAGAAGCCCAUCAGCAAGAUGAUCGAGCUGCUAACCAAGUUCCAAGAGCAAAGGCCUCUCCUUGGCAAGCAGAAGUGCAUUGAGUGUAAUUACGAGGUUCCAGACUUCACGCAUCACUACCCCACCUACGUCCACUGCUCCCUGUGUCCUUACAGCACCUGCUGUUCCCGUGCCUAUGCCAACCACAUGAUCAGCAACCAUGUCACACGCAAGAACCCCAAAUUCAAAGGGCCUACACUGCCACCUCCAAGCUUGUUAAAGAUGGUCUGUAGAGACUGUGAUUUCACCAUCUUCAAUGGUGACCUGAUGGCCAAGCACUUGGUGCAGAACCCUGGCCAUUCCUACAGUACCUGCACUCCAAAAGAACUCCUGGAGUCGGAUAUAGAGUUCAGCGAGGUUGAGGAGGAGGAGGAGGAGGAACCACGAAGUGAAGAAACUAGUGCUGUAGGGAAGGAGCCAGAUUGGGCCUCGGUGGAUGCCUGGACCGAUGGCCAGAGCAAUAAACCCAUCCCAGAUUUCACUGACUCCAGUGGGCCCUGUCACUCCCUGGGCAAAAAUAGCGAUGCUAUUGACUACUUCCAGUUACUAUUCCCCAACUCACUGAUGGAACUCAUCACUUAUGAGACCAACGCCUAUGCCAAAGGUUACUGCUUCUUGGGGCAGGGAGACCCUGACUGGACUCCCAUGACGGUGAAUGAACUCAAGGGAUUUUUUGGUCUCUGUAUUUUCAUGGGUUUGCGGCAUCUCCCUGAAACUCAAAUGUACUGGUCCUGUCAACACUAUGAUGGCUGUGCAAUCUUCAUGAGAACGAUGACAUUCAAACGCUACCAGCAGAUAGCCUCCCACCUUCGAAUGGGGAGUUGGGUCACAGAGAGGGAGGGCAGCAGCAGUAAGGGCCGGCUCCGACUCUUCCGGCCCAUGCUGAACAUCCUGGAGGUCAACAUGUGGGAAACAUACAAACCCAACAGGAAUCUGACCAUUGAUCGUGCCCUACUGCCACGUCUGGAGACUGAGGGUGGUAAGGAGAAACGACUUAGAGAAGCACAACCAAGGAUAUGGCUUCUCUGCGACUCCAAAUCUGGGUAUUGUCAUCGACUGCACAUUCAGACUCCGUGUAGAAGAGGUAGGGAAAUCGUUGCCAGUGUCGUGCCUGCAUUAGUUGAAGGUAUAGAAGGUAAACAUCACCAGAUCUACCUAUCAACAUCUCUGGCAUCUAUCCCCGUCAUGCAAGAGUUGUUGGUCCAGCAAAUCUACACCUCUGCAUCUGUACUUCCUCAAUCCCCAAUUUUGCCCAAAGCACUUUGGGAUCAGGAUCAUGUGGAGACACCUGGAGAUUUCCGGCAGUCCACCUGUGGCCCAGUGCUGGUGACCAGAUGGAAGGAUGCUAAGGAAAUGUUCUGCAUGUCAACAAAUUGUGAGCCAGGGCAACCUGAUGUUGUUUGGAGGAAGUCCCACAGCCAGCCUGGGGAGCUUGUUUCCAUCCAAAGACCACUGGCUUUUAAGUUGCUCCAGGACAACAUGCGGGGUGUUGAUAUCUGUAACCAGCUGCUGAUAUGCAACCCACUGGGUGGGCUAGCCCUUGACACACACUGGCGCUGCCUGUUCUGGCUCUUGGUCAACUUGAGCAUCAUCAACUCCUUCAUUGUGCUGAGAGAGAGCCGCAAAUACAACCCGCCCACAUGGGUUCAAGGUGGUGGCCGCUUCUCCCAAGCCCAGUACCGUAAACGUCUGGCCUAUCAGCUGGCAAAGUGUGCGCGUAGAAAAGCUGAACAGUUUCAUAAAUACCUGAGAAAGCCAGUAAAGCCAGUAAAGCCAGUAAACCUUUGCCUGAAGGAAGAGAGAAAGGGUGAUUCAGAAGGUGUGAGACACUACCUGUGUAAGGUCACUCCGAAAACCAGGAGGUGCAGGAACUGUGUGCUGAAGAAUGUCCGUCACGAGACAGUGUUUGGUUGCAGUGUUUGCAGGGUGAACCUGUGCAAGGGUCCCGUCUGUUUCUGGGAAUACCAUGGAUUCUCCACCCAUCUGAAAGCACCUCCCAAAGUGGGUUUCAUUGAAAGUUUUGCUAAUCAUUUUUUUUGCCAAGAUAAAGCCCUUUUCUGCCUGCAUAACUUGACUCAGAAAAUGCACCUCUUUUUUUACGACAGAAAUCGGGGUUCAGGCAUGAAGAGAAACAGAUGGUCAGGCUCGGUUUCAGAGUCCCUGGAGGACUAUUCUGCGUUGAAGAAGGAUCCAGACCAAGAGUCCCUGGAGGACUAUUCUGCGUUGGAGAAAGAUCCAGACCAAGCCAUGGCUCCCUUGGAAGACUCCGACUCCGACAUGGAGCAAAUGGACGACCACGUGCAGAGGCCUGCAGAGGAGUCUGAUGAGAAUAACAGGAAUUCAGAGCAGGAUAUCAGUGAGGAAACACACACACAAAUCCCCCCCACGCAUGUGAGCCCUGAGGCUGAACCUCAGCGGUCUGCCAAGGAGCGAGAGGAGACCCUCUCCGUCAGGCAGCUCAAGACUGUCCUGUUUGCGUUGUGUAGCGGGAUCGACAAAGCAUCAGAGAGUCUUGCUACUGAGCCAGAGCUCAUCAAGACCUGGCUGGGGGAGAAAGAGACCCAGUUAGAGAGUGAAUGCCAGAGAAACACUGUUGAUGGUGGUGACGCUAUGGGGGCCAUUGAACGCCUGGUCGAGUGGGUGCUUGCACAGCAAGAGCAACAACUGCCAGUCAGUUACGAAGAUCUCUUUCACAAGGCCUCGGAGUUGCGUAGCCAAGCCAAUCAAAACAGCAGCUUUAGAAUCUCACACGAGUGGGCCGUGAGUUUCAUGCUACAGCACAGACUGGGUGCCCAGACCAUUGCAAAUGUGGAUCGCCCUCUUCCCGGUAGCAUGGAGGGUGACUCGCUCCGUUUCACUGACUUUGUCCAGAAGCAGAUCAAACUAAAUGACCUGCGUCAUUCUGUCAUCGGGGCUAUGGAUGAGCUAUCCAUCUUUGUGGAUGUGGACUGUCUUCUUGACACGGCUCCUUUAGUAAAGAAGAAGAUGGCUUUCCAGUUUGUAGGCAGUGGCAGGUCUUUAAUUGACAUCUACUUGGCCAUUCUUGCUGAUGGCACAGUACUGCCAACCCUGGUGUUUUUCAAAGGCCAGCUUCCCUCAGGGCUACUCCGUGGGUUGCCAAACUGUGUUCUGGUGGAGGGCAAGGCUGAGGGGUUCACAGAAGAAGAAGAGCUGGAUAUCUGGAUUGAAAAAGUUUGGCGAAAGCACCUAAGUGCUCACGAUGACAGCAAAGCUCUUCUGGUCAUGGACGGAUAUCGCAGACACAAGUCAGACCCCAGUCUUGGCAACUUGAGCAACUGCAACACCUUGCCAGCCAUAAUUCAAACAGGAUGCAGCUCCAGACACCAGCCUCUAGAGAUGUGUUUUCGGCCGGUACUGCAGACAUUCCUCCUAAAGCGCUGGGCUCAGCUGGCUGAGAAGGGAGGCUCUUCCGGGGCUUCAGCGAGAGAUGUGGUGCAGCUGCUGGUGGCCUGGCUGGUAGAGGCCUUAUCCAGUCUCUCCGAUCCCGGGAUCAUCCAGCGCUCUUUCUGUUUAGCCAAGGUGGUUGACGAGGAGGAAGGAAACAAGAACCCAGCAGACGCUCAGGCGGAGUUGAUCGCUACAAUGAAGGAAGCCAUGCUGCGACCAAAAGAGAUGGAGCCAAAGUCACCUGGAGAGGCAGCAAUGAGGACGACUGAUGGAGAACAGGUCAGAAACCAGGGUCAGGAGACCCACCCAGAAGAUCUGCCAGAAGCUGAGGCUGAAACUUUGUCAAACGCAAAAGAACAGACGGCAGCCGCCCAAGCGGACGAGACGGAGGAGACACACAGUGAAUCAGCAGACAAAGCCGAGUGAAGUGAGGUGAAGCUGAGACCACAACCUUUGUCUCUUUCUUGACUUUUGUCUCUUCUCCCUUCUACCUCAAGUUUUGCAACAAAAAAAAAAGGUCCACUAUGCUGUACAUUUAAACUGUAAAGUAUAACUUUUUUUUCUGAAAUAGCGGAUAUCCUGUGAGGCUUAAGAUGAUGUCCCUGCCUGAUAUACGUUGCCUGAGGUACGGUCUGUUGACUUGGUGCUCUGAGGUGUUCUCUGAUUUCAUUUGAUGGUUGUGUCAAUGUGCAGACAGCAAAUUAAACCACAUUGGGAAAAAAUAUAAUCUGAGAGACUGUCAAAAAGUUAAUGUAAAAAGUGUCUGUGGAUGAGGAAAAAUUGUAUUAUGCUGUUAUACUUGUUUCUCAUGAGAAAGUUAAUUUAUAUGACAUUACUGUUUUAUUUUAUAUAAUAAUAUAAUUGCUAUUCUUCACCUUUAUGUAUGACCCAUAUCCCCAGAGUAUAUAGGGGGGUGAUGUAACAUCUCCAUCAUUAGCAGAAUUUUUCUUUGACAGAUUUGUGGUUCAUUGGUAAUAGAGCAGUUGCUUUACUUAAAAGCUGAAAAAUGGAAUUCCAUUCUUGUUAAUGGAAGAUUGGGAUGCAAGAUUGUAUUUGCUGUUAUUCAGUUAUCCACUGGAGUAGUUCCAACCAUAACAUCUUAUACUUAUUGUUUUUCCUCUUUGUGGGUUUGUCUAAUUUUACAGUGUUAUGAGGAAAAUGAAUAGCAAAAAGUAUGUUGAUACAUCUGAGACAAUGGCACUUCAUUUUUGGCACCUCCCACUAUCAUUUAUUUCCAUGCCGCAGUUUCUGUAUAGUGUAAAGGGGUUUUCUACGUGGCAUUUUUAAAACUGUUGCAAAAUAAAAGACUUCCUAGCAUCAA